CAUACCUUAUGCAUAUAGUUCUCCUUCACUCCCUCUUAUGUAUGGAGAGAAUUUGACCUCCCUCUUAAUCGCCUAAAACUCUCUGCACAACGGUCUGACUCGAAUUAAGAAGCAGAUCGCCUGCUAGACGAUUGAGAUAGCGCAUUCGGCGUCGAAUACGAUGGCGGACGAGUCGGACGCAGGCGAUGAGCAGGGCGUAUCAGCGGAUCUCUUCGGGCUUGAACUGGGCCGCCUUCUCAAGGACCUGGGGGAGGAUUUCUCGCAUGAACAGCUGAGUCAAAUUGGCGGAAAGAUUCAAGGCACCCAAGCUGCGCUGGGCAAGCUACAGUCAGAUCAGAUCUACAAUGACAAUUUCGAAGAUGAAGACGAGGACAACGCAGACUUCGGUGCUGAUGCAGCAAAGUCUGCCGAGGAGUUAUUGGGUGCAGACAACCAUAUAAAGAAGGCAGAUCACUAUUACCAAAUGGGCCUGUCUUUGAUGCCCGCUUUGGCAUCUCAAGUCUCCCCGGCUGAGGAGUUACGCAGGCUUCUUCCAACGUUCGAAUCGCGUGCAAUCCUCAACUUCACGGAUGUUUUCUCGGGUCCGCCACCGACCAAAAGGCGACGACUAGGGCAGUUUAAGAGCCAGUUCUUGAGCCGUUCUGAGGCUGCGCCACUUUCAGUACGAGCAUCGGUGCGCGUACGUGUGCCGUUACACCGAUUCCAGCAGAUUGAUCGGUCACCUGCAGCGCAUCUUUCCACCAUCGACUCCUGCCUGAAAGACCCAAGCCUCGCUGUCGAGGAUUGGGAAACGUUUGCAGCCUCAUUGCACGCAGGGGGUCCUAUCGGUGGUGGUGACAUGCAGUAUGAGCGGUCAAGUGCAACACUGGAAAGUUGGGAAGGUGCUAUUCGGUGGAAGGAGGACACGCCCCUGCCAGCAGUAGCCCUAGUGUUCGAUCCGAACGAUCCGGAGAUGAUAUUUGAGGAGCAGGUGAUCACGCCAAUUGGACCUUCUGCGCCACAACUCAGCACGCAAGGCCUGUCUUCCAGAGCAGCGCGGGCUGCCGCUAGUCUUAAUCCGCUCAACCUGUCCAAUGAUCGCUUUUACGAAGUGCCUCGGGAGCAUAGGCAUAAGGUCAGGCAGACGCUCGGUCAACUCGUGGUACAGCAUGCGGGGCCAGCUAUCAAGCUUCAGUUGCCAUUCUACAAAACACGAUUGGCCAAGAGCGAGGUCAAGUCAUUUCAUCGUCCAGCGAUGCAGUUCCCUGUCAAUAUCCCCAUUAAUUUCGGUCGGGUACAUUCUUCGCGCAAAAAGAGAGAAGAUCGCGGCAAAGUCAAGAAAGGCAAAGACGCGUCGGAAAUACUCCGCAGCACGCGCGAUCUGACUCUUCGGGACGCAAACCCUUUUGUUCUCUACGAGUACUCAGAGGAAUUUCCCCUCGUGCUGUCCAACCUCGGAAUGGGUCACGUUCUUGUCAAUUACUAUCGCAAGAAGAAUGCCAAGGACGAGAAUAUCCCCAAGAGCGAAGUUGGCGAGCCCUUCGUGUUGGAUGUCUCAGAUGAGUCUCCUUUCAUGGGAUUCGGCCAGGUCGAGGCCGGACAAAUACAACCUACACUGUACAAUAAUUUGGUACGAGCCCCACUCUUCAAGCAAAAGGCUCGUGCAGGAGACUUCCUGCUCAUCAGGCACACCACAAAGAACAACGUCUCGUACCUGUUGCGUGAAAUACCUCACGUCUUUACUGUCGGUCAAUUGUUUCCUGCGGUGCAAGUUCCGGGGCCGCAUGCGAGGCUUGCCACGAAUAUGAUCAAGACGCGAUUGCAAAUGAUUGCACACAAACUUGUCCAGCGCAGCAAAGGCGAGCGUAUCAAGAUACAUCGCUUGAUGCGCUACUUUCCCGAUCAAAAUGAGCUGCAAAUGCGGCAAAGGCUUAAGGAAUUUAUGGAGUACAAUAGGAGAGCUGGGGACCCCGAUCAAGGCUACUGGAAGCUCAAAGCGAAUGUGGUUGCGCCAGACGAAGCAGAGUUCCUGAAGCAGCUUCCCCCAGAGCACAUGGUUCUCUGUGAGAGUAUGCAAGCCGGGCAGCAACGUCUUGUGGAUGCCGGCUUUAAUAAAAGUGCGGAGGAUGGUGAUGAUGAGGACGAGGGUGACAAUGAGAUCGAGCAGUCGUUGGCCCCAUGGGCUGCCAGCAAGAACUUUCUGAGCGGAAGCGAGAAAAAGGCAAGGCUUGCCUUGCAUGGCGAGGGGGAUCCCUCAGGACGGGGAGACGCAUUUAGCUUCAUUCGAGUGUCUAUGAAAGAAGUCUUUGUCGCCGCAGGGGAGGGUGCAGAAGAGAGGAAAGCUGCUGCGGAGGCCGAAGCCAUGAGCAAGUCUGGACACAAAUACAAUGUUGCAGAGCAAGAACUGAUCUACAAGUCUGAAAUCACAAGGAUUUGGCGCCAGCAACUGCAGAGCCUGUCUUCCCCAAACCCGCCACGGAUCCAUUCUCAGGACCUUGUGCCUUUGCAGCGCGCCAUCAAAACGUAUGUGGCGGAGGCAGAAGCUGCUAAGGCCGCUCAAACGCUUGAAGAACAUGAAGAAGCUUAUGCUGGAGCUAAAGAUGAUGCAAACAAGGUUCUUCGCAUUCGUCGACAGCGGGAGGGAAAAUGGUACACAGAGGUUGUCCGUGACAGAGGAGUCAUUGAUGCGUACAUGAGGCAUCGGCAUGCACUACAAGACGCCCAGACUGAAACGGAAGCAUUAGUGCCCACAGGUGAUGCCGACCUUGAUGCCGCUCGUAGAAAACGUUUGGCUGCAGAAAUCGGCCAGCUACAAAAGAAUCAGGACCGUCGAUUGCAGCGCAAACAAGCGAAGGCCGCGGCGGAAGGAACGUUGUCGCCAUUCCCGAAGCUUCACAAGGCUUCCACGAAGCGAGUCUGCGGGCGUUGCGGUCAAGUCGGCCAUAUGUCCACCAAUACCUCUUGUCCAUUAUUUGGCCAGUCGCCGACGGGAACUGGUACCCCUACCAGUCUUGCUUCAGGCCAGGCAUCACACUCAAUGAACGUUGGAAUGUCCAGCACUCUCAUUCCCGGCAUGCAUGGACCUUCUGCUGCUUCGCCACCAGCCGAUGCACCAACAGGGUCAAUGCAGAAUGUGGCCCCUCCAAAGCUCAAGCUCAAGCUGAAAAGGUAGGCGCUACAGUGCCACCCUUCGAUUAGCUCCUGUAGUGUAGCGUCAGCCAUUGACUUAGGCAGAAAGAACGCAUGCAUACCAAUCCUU